AUGCCGUCAUCCAGCCCCUAUUCCUCCAAACGGGCUCCCAAGGGUGCCUCCAAAAGCAUUCACCCCGCGUCCCCCGAUUCCAACAUCCUGCGGCGCCUCAACAUGUCCCCCAAGGCCGCGAACCAGCCCAAGAAGCAGAGCAGUGGGCGGAUAGGCGGACAGAGCUCGUCCGGCCGGAAACGACGAGCAUCUUCCUCCUCCGUCUCCAGCGUCUCAUCUGUCUCGUCCAUUGACGACCUCGACCUCGAAGGCGGCCUGAGUGACGAUGUGGACGAGUCAGAGGAUGAUGCAGACGAUGAAGAGGACCGGCCGCUUGCUCAUGCCCCGUCUUUCGGUCGUCGUCAGAAUAAUACCCGGAAGACGGGGCGCCAACCUGCCAAGAAGAAGAGAAGACGGGUCUCUGACGACGAAGACUCCGACAGCCACUUUAUCAGCGACCCGAGCGACUCCGACGACAGCUCGGACGAUGUUUACGCCGCGGUGGACUACAUCACCGAUGCAGAUGACGACGAGGAAGGUGACGUGGAGAAAUUGGAGGAGCUCAUAAUCAUGGAAUCGGAGGAUAAGCACCGAGUCCUGCCUACACUUGAAACCGCGGAGAGCCAGUGGGUUGGCUCCGAGAUGUUUGGCGACUCAAUGUUUCUUCCAGCGGCCUCUUUCUUCGACGAGGAGCAGCUCUACAGUGCCAUGGAAACUUUUGCCGAGACCGAUAUGGCCAGUGAGGCAGUCGAGACUCCCGUUGCUCGUCGUGUUCACUUUGAAGAGCGGCCGGAUUCCUCUUCCGAUACUGAAUCCCACUCGGACGAUGAGAUUCCAAGCGAUUUCCUCCAGCAAGAUGCUCUGGAUCCCCAGCUGCGUCGGAUGAUUGAAAAUGACCAUAAUGAUUACCACCGCAGCCACCGUCAGAAGUCGGAGGAUUUGUAUGGUGAUGCUGAUUACGGCCACGGAAAUAUCUACCAUGUGGAGUCCGAAGGAACCUCCGAGGGCAGCCUCAGUGGUUAUGAGACCGAUGAUGGUGAUACUACAGAUGAAGAUCUGCCUCCGCCCGCAACCAUCACCCACCCUCGGUCUCUUCUUCGCCGCGCCUCCACCGACUCGCUGGUCGCCCCGGGCGAUGACAAAACGGUCAGCAUCUCGCGCCGCCGAGGCCCAAUUAUGGGAACCUUCGUGGCCGAUCCUCACAAGCCUGUUGCCUUGGUUGACUGCACUGGCAAGCAUCUCGUUAUCAUCCCUGCCUAUGCUUCGUCCCGCCAUGACUGGCUGGACUCGGCGGCAAACAGCAUGCCAGGAACCGCCAAUAACAGUCCUCGUCAGACUACCCUGCAAUUGAUUGAUGAGAGCGACACCGAUGCCCUUGCAUCGCCCAAUCAGAUCGAUUUCAGCCCCAUGCUGGCCUCCAGCGCCAAUCUGAUGAUGACCGCCCUCGGCAAUGAUCUUACACCGGGUGGCCAGGUCAUGGGCCCGCCCGAGGCUUUCUACCCCUCACAGGACUUCACUAUUGACAGUUCUUUCGAGGAUGAUGAUGAGGACGACCCAGAGGCUGCCCUCAAUGUGGACGACUUUAUUAACUUCGGCAAUGGAUCCUCAGAUGAGGAAGACAAUGACAACGAGAACGACAAUUUCAACGGCUUCGAUGAUGACGCCCCUAUUUCCCCCAUGGCUCCCCCCUUAGCUGUGCAACCCAGGGGCACACCGACACCCUCCCGUAACUCAGAGUCCCAGCAGGCCAACAACGCAGAGCGCUUCCUGAACCACCUGGACAAGGGCAUUGUCACGGCCUUCCGUCGUAACCACAACCGAUAUCAAGCCCUCCUCCGUCUCCCUCAACAUCGCGAAUUUAUGCCCGCCAACUCCCCCUCGCGUCCAGCCAGUGUCUUCCGACACGCCAAGCACACCGACCAGCGUACCCCGACCCGGAAGCGCAAGGCUAGUGGCUACGCAGGCGGUGAGGCUGUGCGUCGCAAGCUCAUGGAUGCCCACCGCCACACCCAGCUGCCCUUCUGA